AUGUUCGAACAAACUUCUGAAGAUCAACAAAGUUAUACCGAUAUUGAAUCUGUUAAAGUUUCAUUUGAUGUAGCACAAUGUGAUGGUGAUUCUCUCUAUACAUAUUUACCAAAUUGGUUAAAUAGUCUUAAAGAUGAUGAAUUACAAUCUCCACCAAUGUCAAGUCAUAUAUUUCAAAAAUAUAUUCGUCAAUCUCAUCUUGAAACAAGCAUGUCUAAUAGUAUACGAAAAAUGGCAUUAAAUGAAGAUCGUUUAUUUACAAUUGAUGAUUUUGAAUUUGGUCGACCACUUGGUAAAGGUGCAUUUGGUAUUGUUUAUUUAGCACGAUUAAAAAAAACGAAAUUUAUUUGUGCAUUAAAAAUACUUCAUAAAAGUAAAAUAAAUGAAUAUUCAAUGGCUGAACAAGUUAAAAUUGAAACUGAAUCUGGUUUUAAAUUAAAUCAUCCACUUAUAUUAACUAUGUAUGAUGUAUUUCAUGAUGAAAAACGUUUUUAUUUUAUGCUUGAAUAUGCUCCACAUGGACAACUUUAUCGUUUUUUACAAAAAUUACGUCGUUUUACAAAUCGUUUAGCUGCUAGUUAUAUUUAUCAAAUUUGUCAUGCAUUAGAAUAUU